AUCCCAGAGAUAAGAGAGGGAUUCACUCUACAAACACGUCAGUGUUAUACCUUCCUAGGUGUCAUUGAUGACCUCACCUGAGGGCCCCUUCCCUUCAGUAAAAUUGCACCUUGCUUUUAUUUUUCUCCCUCCUCCACCCCUCCUAUUGCCGUCACUGUCUCUCCCACACCCUGUUCAGCUUUAGAGACGUUGUAAAGACCGUCUAUACAUUUUACAUCGAUCUGCAAUACUUGGAUGUCCUCUAGUACCAUGGCCCUUAUCGCAGUCCUCUGUGUGCUAUCUGCGCUUACGGCUACAGGGUACUCUUUUUCCUGUCAGCUGUGCGUGGCUUCAGAUCAAACAACUUGCUCCGGUGUAAACAUCCUGUGUCCUACAAAUUAUGUCUGUGGAACGAAGCUCAGUAACAUGACAAUAAGUGGGACAAGCACUCUCACAGUGAACAGACUGUGCUCACCCCCGGAUCAGUGUAACAAAUCUGGAAGUGUGACAAUUCCCGGUGGUACGGUGCUGGUCGGCAUGUCUUGCUGUUACACUAGUGAAUGUAACCCACCAAUGCCGAUAUUGUCAAGCAUGACAGAUAACAGCACAAAUGGAAUAACGUGUCGGUCCUGCCUCACGGUUAACUCUAACGAGUGCUACAACUCCAACACCAUUCGUUGUACUGGAUCUGAGACCAAAUGCCUUCUGCAAAACACAAAAAUAACAGGGACACAACCAGUAACAGUGGCUAUGAGAGGUUGUGCCACGGAAGACAUCUGUAGCUUUGGCAGCCAGUCCUUCAACUCCAGCAGUUUCACAUCCACAUACAAUUAUAUCUGCACGAGUCGGAGUAUUCGCACGUACAGUCUUGUCUCUGCCCCAACCCUGGUUUUGUUUCUUUUGGUGAAAUUUGUAUUAUGAAACAUCUAAAGCCGAUCUGUGGUCAGCGGUGUAAUAUAUUUAUUUAAUGUGAAUUCCAAGGCUUUGCCAAACCUUUGUUAGUUCCUACUAUGUGAAUCUGCUGGCGGGAUCAAGAUGUAGAAGACUAUAGCAUGAGGAGGAUUUAUAAAAACAAAAAUUGUGGUUGAUUUUGCCCCAACUUUCACUUUUUAUAAAUGGAAUCCCUUUGCACCGGCUGUGAUUGGUGGGUGGAGUCGGGAACUUGGAUGCAGAAAUCUCUCACUUGAGUCCCCAGUAUCAGUCAAAUAAAUAAAUAUGGGGUAAUGUAAUGUCCCAGCAUCCAGUCACAACUGAAUCAGUUUUGGGUGGGCCAGAAUGGAAGAAUGAAGAAUGAAGCCAAAUGAAAGGUCAUCUUUGUUUUCCAUCAGUGUUUUCUCUGUUAUAUAUAAAAUCUAUUGUGUUUAUGACGUAUGCUAAAACCUGGGAAUAUUUUGUAAGAAAAUAUGUAAAAAAUACAAUGAUAAAAAAGUAAAAAAUUAUUGGCAAA